ACUCCACGGCGCACGCUACCCACUCGGCCUCGGAGCCAUCUCCCUGGACCCCAGGGCAAGGAGCCGAGGGGCAGCAUGGCCAAGGCGGCAGCUUCUUCGCCGCUGGAAGAUUUGGACCUGAGCGGAGAGGAGGUCCAGCGGCUCACCUCCGCCUUCCAGGACCCGGAGUUCCGGCGAAUGUUCUCCCAAUACGCCGAGGAGCUCACAGACCCCGAGAACCGGCGGCGCUACGAGGAGGAAAUCACGGCGCUGGAGCGUGAGCGCGGAGUGGAGGUGCGGUUCGUGCACCCGGAGCCGGGCCACGUUUUGCGCACAAGCCUGGACGGGACCCAGCGCUGCUUCGUGAACGUGUGCGGUAACGCGCUGGUGGGCGCGCCCACUUCCGCUCGCCUGGGGGAGGCGGGACCCCCGGGGGUUCGUGCCGGGGACAGAGGCUCGGAUCCCAGCCGGGCCGGGGCUGCAGACGCCGGGAUCACCACCCGGGACGCCGCCGGGGAGGGCAUCGUCUCAGAACCGGAGGAGCGGGAUUUCGGCCGGAAAGCGAGAUCAACAACGGGCAUCGGGGAGGAGCCGCCUCCCGGAGCCAAAAGCUCACCUGGGGACGGCGGCGGAGGCUCUCCUUGUACUUCUUCCGGGGACCUUGACACGGCGUCUUCCGCAGCAAGCGGGAGUGCGUGCGGAGCUGUCAGCGUUGAGGCGCCCGUGGCCCGGGAAGCUGAUCGAGCCAUGGGUGGUCGCGGGACCGACCUCCGGGAAACUUUGUGUCCGCCUUUGCAGUGUAAUCAGGAUGAGGAAUCCCUGACUCUGCUAAUACAAGUGCCUUGGAUCCAGCCGCAAAGUCUUCAAGGGGAAGUGACCUCCCUCUGGUACAAAUUGUGCUUCUCCACCCAAGAUUUAGUCUAUUAUUCCUUCUUUUUGAAAUUUGCUCCAGAGAAUAAAUUGAGUACCAAAGAACCAGUGGUUAGCAUUUCCUCAAACAAUGCAGUGAUAGAACUGGCCAAAUCUCCAGAGUGCCAUGGACAUUGGAGAGAGUGGUAUUAUGGUUUAAACAACGAUUCUCUGGAGGAAAGGUUAUUUGUUAAUGAAGAAAAUGUUAAUGAGUUUCUUGAAGAGGUCCAGAGCUCUUCAUCCAAACAGACAAUGCCCCUAACGCCACCAUUGAUUGAAGUUCUUCAGAUUACUGAUAGUAAGAUUGAAAUACAUGCAAAGUUGCAAAAAUGUAGUACCUCUGAGCAGCUUCAUGAAAAGGAAGAAAGAGUCAGUGAAGGUCAUCUAACUGAAAAAGAAAAUCAAGAACAUCCUACUACCUCAACAACCGAUUCGGAGUCAUCUGGAGCAGCUGAAGUACCAGAAGCAGCCAGGUGUGGUUCAGCUGCACGCUUGCAACAAGGGGCUCCUGAUGUGCCUCAGAAGCUGCCUGCAGAGUCUCAGCAGCCUGAGUCAAACAUGGAACCGAAAUUUGAAAAAGAAAGAAGUGCUGUUCAUGCAAGUGAAGAAAAAAAUAAUUUAAAAGAACCAGUAAUAACUGAAGAGAAAGAAUUAAAUGGAGAUCACUUAUCUUCAUUACUGAACAAAACUGCAGUUCACAAUACACCUGGUUUUGACAACAUAAAGGAAACCAAUAUGCAGGAUGGUAGUGUGCAGAUUAUCAAGGACCAUGUGACUCAUUGUUCAUUCAGUUUUCAGAAUUCUUUGCUUUAUGAUUUGGAUUAAUUGUAUAUAAUUUUAGAAUUUAAAGGCUGAGUAAAAAUUUUUGGACUUAAAAUAGAUUCUGUUUACUAUCUUAAGACCAAAGGUAUUCAAUAAAAGUAUAAAAUUAAAAGUA